AUGGAUAAGUGGCUUGAUGAUCAAAUUAUGCAAAGCAUUGCUAUUGAAAAUAAUUUAUCCGAAACAGCGUUUACAGUUCGUGAAGGAGAUCAUUACAGGCUUCGCUGGUUCACUCCUGGUGGCGAAAUUGAUCUCUGUGGCCACGCUACUCUUGCUACUUCUUAUGUAAUUUUUAGAUUUUACGAAAAGACAAUUUCAGAAGUCACAUUCCAUACCAAAGGUGGAAUUCUUACAGUGAAGAAACAGGGUAAUCUUCUACAAAUGAAUUUCCCUGCUUAUAAAUUACAAAAAGUUGAAGUCACCAAGGAAAUGGAAGAUGCAAUUGGCCACAAGCCUCUUGAAGCAUACAUUUCACGUGACCUUGUUUGCGUUCUUGAAAAUGAAGAGCAAGUCAAAAAUUCACACCCAGAUUCCCAGAAAAUGAUGAAAUUAGACGGACUUCUCCUUCACAUUACAUCCAAGGGACACUCAGACAUUGACUGCGUCACAAGAAGUUUCGCUCCAAAGCUAAAAGUUUACGAAGAUCCAGUCUGCGGAUCCGGCCAUUGCCACGUCAUUCCUUAUUGGUCAGAGAAGCUCGGAAAGAACCAAUUAAAAGCAUUUCAGGCCUCUCCAAGGACAGGAACCCUUUACUGCGAAAUAGACGGAGAAAGAGUAAAUAUGUCUGGUGAAGCUGUUCUAUACUCAAUAAAUGUUAUUAACUUUGCAUAA